CCCACUGAACUAUAGUUCAGUGUUGGAACUACAGAAAGUGUUUAAAGUCGUCACUUUUAAAGAUAAUUUUGGCUCUACUUACGGAUCGAAACGAAAGUAAAGGUAAUAAUUAGACUAGACUGACCAUUCAGAAGGCCUGUGUAGGUGUCGGAUAGCCAGUUAGCCUGUGUGGCUGCGCUGCAAAGAACAGAGCCGUGAAACAAAGUGAAAUAAACACAAAAACCUAACCAUUUUGGAUACUUUUACUGGAUGUUAAAGAUAUAGGGGCUUUGGACAAAGCUGGAUAUCGCUGCACAAAGCAGCACAACAUCAUUCAGAGCUCUACAGGUGUAGUCCAACAUGUUUAAACCUCAGUGAAGCAACAGAACCAGCCGGGAUGAACAGGAAGAAGGAUAAAGGAUUUGAGAGCCCUCGUCCCUUUAAAUUGACCCACCAGAUGGUGUGCAUCAACAACAUCAACUUCCAGAGGAAAUCUGUCAUUGGUUUCGUUGAGCUGACUAUUUUCUCCACAGUUGUCAACCUGAACAGGAUCAAACUGAACAGUAAACAGUGUCGUAUCUACAGGGUCCGAGUCAAUGAACUCGAGGCCCCGUUCAUCUACAACGACCCCACUUUGGAGGUGUGCCACCACGAAUCCAAGCAGAGGAACCUGAACUAUUUCUCCAGUGCAUACACAGCAGCAGUAGGUGCUGUGGACCCAGAUGCUGGACACGGCGAGCUGGUCAUCAAAGUUCCCGCUGAGAUCUGGAAACAAGGAGAUGAUUUGAAGGUUUUCAAGGUGUACAUUGAGUUUUCCUUGGACCAGCCAAAGGGGGGUCUGCACUUUGUUGUUCCUGAUGUAGAAGGGAGCAUGGCGGAGAGAGCAGCACAUGUGUUCUCCUUUGGACACCAGAAUUCCACCAGGUUCUGGUUCCCCUGUGUGGAUUCUUACUCGGAGUUGUGUACCUGGAAGUUGGAGUUCACAGUUGAUGCCUCCAUGGUGGCCGUGUCCUGUGGUGAUUUGGUGGAGACAAUCUACACUCAUGACAUGAGGAAGAAGACCUUCCAUUAUGUGCUAGCUAUACCCACCGCCGCCCCGAACAUCUCCAUGGCUGUGGGACCUUUUGAAAUCCUCGUGGACCCCUACAUGCAUGAGGUGACCCACUUCUGCCUGCCUCAGUUGUUGCCGCUGCUCAAACACAGCAUGUCAUACCUCCAUGAGAUUUUUGAGUUCUACGAAGAGAUCCUGACUUGCCGCUACCCGUACUCCUGCUUCAAAACGGUCUUUGUGGACGAAGCGUAUGUGCAGGUGUCCUCCUAUGCUUCCAUGAGCAUCUUCUGUACGAACCUGCUCCACAGUCCCAUGAUCAUCGACCAGACCCCGCUGACUCGCCGCUGUCUGGCCCAGGCCUUGGCACAACAAUUCUUUGGCUGUUUUAUCUCCAGAAUGUCUUGGGCUGAUGAGUGGGUGUUGAAGGGAAUCUCAGGCUACAUCUAUGGCCUUUACCUGAAGAAGACCUUUGGUGUUAAUGACUACCGACAUUGGAUCAAGGAGGAACUGGACAAAAUUGUGGAAUAUGAGCUUACGAUGGGAGGGGUUCUGCUGCAUCCGACCUUCAUUGGAGGCAAAGAAAAGGACAAUCCAACUCCCCACCUUCACUUUUCCAUCAAACAUCCUCACACGCUGUCGUGGGAAUACUACAAGAUGUUUCAGUGUAAGGCCCACCUGGUGAUGAGGCUGAUUGAAAACCGGAUCAGCAUGGAGUUCAUGCUGCAGGUUUUUAACAAGCUGCUCAGUCUGGCCAGUACGGCCUCGUCUCAGAAGUACCAGAGUCACAUGUGGAGCCAGAUGCUUCUCUCUACUCAUGCUUUCCUCAAAUCCAUUUCCAACGUCUCUGGCAAAGACAUCGGCCCCCUCAUCAAACAAUGGGUAGACCAGAGUGGUGUCGUCAAAUUCUUCGGCAGUUUUGCUUUCAACAGAAAAAGGAAUGUGCUGGAGCUGGAGAUCCGUCAGGACUAUACUUCAUCUGGGACUCAGAAAUAUGUGGGUCCCAUCAAGGUGACAGUACAGGAACUGGAUGGCUCUUUCAAUCACACACUGCAAAUAGAGGAGAACAGUCUGAAACAUGACAUUCCCUGCCACUCCAAGAGCAGACGUAACAAGAAGAAGAAGAUUCCUCUGAUGAAUGGAGAGGAGGUGGACAUGGACCUGUCGGCCAUGGAUGCUGAUUCUCCUCUCCUCUGGAUCCGUAUUGAUCCAGAUAUGUCCAUUCUGAGGAAGGUGGAGUUUGAGCAAGCGGACUUCAUGUGGCAGUAUCAGUUGCGCUUUGAGCGGGAUGUCAUAGCGCAGGAGGAGGCCAUCUCUGCCCUGGAGAAAUUUCCUACUCCUCCUUCCAGACUGGCUCUCACUGACAUCCUGGAACAGGAACAGUGUUUCUACAAAGUCCGCAUGCAGGCCUGCUUCUGUCUGGCCAAAAUCGCCAACGCCAUGGUGAGCACGUGGCAGGGUCCGCCGGCGAUGAAGUCACUGUUCACCAGGAUGUUCUGCUGUAAGAGCUGUCCAAACAUUGUCAAAACCAACAACUUCAUCAACUUCCAGAGCUACUUUCUGCAGAAGACAAUGCCAGUUGCCAUGGCGUUACUCAGGGAUGUCCAGAACCUCUGUCCCAAAGAAGUGCUGAACUUCAUCCUCGACCUCAUCAAGUAUAACGACAACAGAAAAAACAAAUUUUCAGAUAACUACUACCGUGCUGAGCUGAUCGAAGCGUUGACCAACUCUCUGACUCCGGCAAUCAGCAUCAACAAUGAGGUGAGGACCGUGGACAAUUUAAACACAGACGUCCGUUUCAUCUUGGAGGAAAUCACCAGAUUCCUCAACAUGGAGAAACUUCUGCCGAGCUUCAGAAACACCAUCACUGUCAGUUGUCUCAGAGCAAUUCGCCAGCUUCAGAAGAACGGUCACAUUCCCAGCGACCCGUCUCUUUUUAAGUCCUAUGCUGAGUACGGACACUUUGUUGAUGUUCGCGUUGCUGCUCUGGAGGCUGUGGUGGACUACACCCGAGUGGAAAGAAGUCCAGCUGAGCUGCAGUGGCUGCUCAGUAUGGUCCAGAAUGACUCGACACAUUAUGUCAGACACAAGAUCCUGGAGAUGCUGUGCAAGAAUCCACCUUUCACCAAAAUGUCAGACUCCGCUCUGUGUAACGAGUCUCUGGUCGACCAGCUCUGGAAGCUCAUGAACUCAGGUACUUCCCAUGAUUGGCGGUUACGCUGCGAUGCUGUGAAUCUCUACUACUCCUUGUUUGGCCUGAUGCGGCCUUCUUGCUUGCCGUUGCCUGAACUGGGCCUCGUCCUCAAUCUGAAGGAGAAGAAGGCUGUGCUCAACCCUACCAUCAAACCGGAGCUGGGCGUAGGCAUCGUCAUGGACACACCGGCCAGUAUCGGUAUCCACGGAGUGGGCAUGAGCUUCUCAGCUGUGGAGGAAGAGCCUGAUCCUGUCUCAUUAGGGGUGUGUGGCGUGGGUCAGCCCCUGCAGGGUCUGAAGAGGAAAGCCGAAACCCCUUUAGGUUCACCUCCAGAACCAGGACAGGUACUACAGCAGCAGGAUGAAGAUGCAAGAGGACGCUAUAAAAUUCGGUUCAACACGAUGGAGGAGGAGGACAUUGACAUGGAGACUGUUCACGACAGUCAGGCCUUCAUUCAUCACCAGCUCAAUCUGUUGGAGAGACCGUCCACACCGGGUAAAGAGCCACCAUCAGUUGAGCAGUCCAUGCUGUCCAUGCCUGCCACGCCUGUACCAUCCUUCCCUAAAGAGAUCACAUCCUCAUUGUCCAAACACGGUGGCGAGCACGGUCACCACCAUCACCAUCACCACCACGAGCACAAGAAGAAGAAGAAGAAACACAAGCACAAACACAAGCACAAGCACAAACAUGAGAGCAAGGACAAAGACAAAGAACGGGACAGGGACAGUUGCCACGGUUACACCAACAGCCCCGCCAGCGGCAGGUCGCUGCGCUCGCCAUCUCUGUCGGACUAAACAAGCAAGACGCUGUUCUUCAUUCUCGCCAUCUGAACUUUUUUGUUUUGUUUUUGUAGUGUGAAAAUGUUCAUUUCUGACAUCUGAAUACAAACUGCUUUAUUCAGAAUUGUGAGAUGGAAAUGUUUUCUGUGUAAAUAUGCUUUCUCUUUUCAGAAAAAUGGAACUUGAAAUGUUUAGCCAUUUUGAGCAUUUUAACAGUUUCUACAGUAAAAUACCAUUAGAAGUCUGAAACAGGCUUUUAUUGUCAUUUUUAUAUGAAGACUAUAAAAACCUGAAGCUUUUUGCAGAGAAUUGACUCUUUGAUAAAAUCUUUCACGAAC